UGAUCAAACUAUGGAAAAGGGGCAAUUAUGAUUAAGCCAAUCAUGCCGCUACAAUAACAGGCAGUGACAUUGGAAAGUUUCGCUUUGUAGCACCUGCACAUGACUUAAUUUGAAACAGUUUUUCCCUAGCUCCAGACGCACACAAGUCGAAUUUUCCUGUUUAAUACCGAAAAAAAAAUUUUUUUUCCCCUCUUGGAAAAACCAAAAUGGCGGCUGUCAGAAACGAAGAAGAUAACGGUAGAAGCUCCGAAAGUUCUCCAAGGGAAGUUGGUGGUAACUCGAAUCGAAGACCAAAGUGUUCUAGAUGCAAAAAUCAUGGAAAUGAAAAAGCAGUGAAAGGACACAAGCGUUAUUGCCCAUACCGGCACUGCGUUUGUAGCAAAUGUACUUUAACUGUGGAAAGGCAAAGGGUUAUGGCUAAACAAGUAGCCUUAAGGCGCGAACAAGCUCUGGACGAAGCUAGAGGGAUAGCCAUGGACGAGCAACCAGUAAUUCCAACAGAACCGAUUUCUUCGAACAGAGAUAGCCCAGCUCUCGAAAAUAUCCCUUCCAACGAAGGUGGAAUAUGUUCAAGCAAUAGGAGACAAAUACAGGAAGCCCUGCAGGCACUUCUGAAUGCCUUCCAAGUUAAUGACAAUUCUCUGACACUAUACUUCUACGCCAUCCUUAAAGAGUGUAAAUUUAACGUCAAGUUAGCAUACAAAAAGUUAAUCGAAGCUCAAGCCGACAUGAGGUUAUACUCGCUGUGGGAACCAAAUUAUGGAUCGGCAACAUCCGGUGUCUACUGGUCACCCAUCUUGCAUCAGUGCCUCACUAAUUCUUCCAUACUUUAUCCCAACGUUAGUCUCCCUCCAUUCUAUUCCUAUCCUUUAAGUUCUAGUGCUCCUAGCGCUAUAUCAACGAGCCACGCCGGUCCUAGUUCUCAUACGUCUCCACCCGAAGAGACCUUUCCUAGUGGAUCUCAUUAUGCCAACGAUGGGAAUUAUAUCAGAGUAAGUGAAGCAGAAGAGAUGCCAAUACAUAGUGAUAAUAGAAACAGAAUGGAUUCUCCUCCACUCAGGCCUUUUAAUCCUAUGAUCGCUUUAAGUAUGCAAAUGGACAGGAUGAGAUUUCAACCGUAUCCUCCUAUGUAAUAUUUAAAUAAUUCUAUUAUCUUAUUGGUUAAUGUCGAAUUUCGAAAUGAAAAAACAUUCUGCCAUUGGCUAAUUCAUAAACUAUCAUCUAGCGCCAUCUGGAUAAAAAAUAUGGAAUUAAAAAAAAUGUAUUUUAAAAUAAUUUUUACGUUUAAUAUAAAUUAAAUUAGCAAUUUCUUAAUGCAAUUAGCAUUAUAAUGCGAAAUUUGAAAUUUUUAAAAACACUGUAGGAUAAUAUAAAAUAUUUUUGUAUAUAUAAUUUAAAUACGAAUAUAAGCA